CGUCGCGGCUGUGAAGUGUCACUGCACGAAACUUUUUGCCGGAAAUACCUGCGAGAACGUCGUAGAUCCAACGCCCAACCUAAAAGAUUGUCCGGAUUGCCCGACCAACUGCAGCUAUGACGGACAAAUUGGAAAUCCCUGCAAAUGUUUGACAGGAAAAAGCGACGUAUUUGGCCAAAAUGGACUUCUUGCUACACUUCACUUAGGAAAUCUUCCUAACCUGCCCCCAAACGAUCUGAAAUAUUACAUCAAAACUCAAUUGCUGAGGUUUCUUCGGCUCAACGCAUCAAAAGUGGAAGAUUUACAAGUUCUAAGUCUAGUGCAUUAUAUGUCCGGCGCUGACGUAACGUUCCAAGUAUACUGCCCAAAAAAGGACGAGAAGAAGGUGAAAAAUGUGUUAAAUAAGUGGAUAGAUCGCGGCCACGUAGGCAACGUUACUGUGUCGGAGAAGGACAACUCGAUAAAAACGGCCCUCUCGAUUCAGAGUGUGGACAUAAAUCAAGCGGGCGUGAUCAGGGAGAACGACGAAUUCAUACUGAGCUGCGUGGCCAGGGGUUCCCCCACAACGACUUUUCGAUGGUUCAAGGACGGGCUCCUCAUGAACCUUACGUAUACUAGGCAGAAGUGGAUAAAGCUGAUAAAGGACCCGCACGUGACCGACCAGUACACGGCGCUAUUGGCCGUGGAGAGGGCGCGACGUCACGACGAGGGCAAAUUUACAUGUCAAGUGGAGGACUUUAAUAUUCAACAGUGCAUGUCGAAAUUUGUUAGAGUCAGGAGGCGGCCGGCGGUGCGGAUGGAGCCCAUGAGCUUGACGGUGAAAAAGAAAGACAUCACGUACUCGUGUUUGGUACAAGACAGCACAACUUCAUCCGAAAAAGUCAUCCACGUCUACGUCCUCGACCGCGAAGGUGUCCACACUUGUCCGGAAGAAUCCAGCUACGAUCUCGUAUGGCCUGAAACAGCUCCGGACACCGACUACGUCCAAGAAUGCCCGAAGGACUUCUCAGGAAUAGUGGUUAGGAAGUGUUCGCUGAGAGAUGGAAAGAAGCCAGCUUGGGAGAAACCAGACUUCUCGCAGUGUACACACAGGACUUUAGAAACAGUUUAUGAUGAUUUUGAACAGCUGAAAUUAGGCUACGCAGCUACGUCCAUAGACACUUUGCUCAAAGCUAUUAUGGAAUACGUUACCAUAACUCAACGAGGCAACCUUAGACCAGGGGAGGGAGCUAGGAUACUGACUAUAAUCGAAGAAAUUCUUACUUUUAUUGGUCAGGUUAAAAUAAAUUACUUCACCACGAAUCAAGCGGCCUCGGUUAUAUACAGGGUGAUUGAUCAAAUCCUGUCAACGCCUGAAGCAUUGUUGCGGCCUCAGGAAAUUAACUUGCUACAGAAAACGCUAUUUUCUCAGCUGGGAUUGGCUGAAUUUCAGCUGGGAGACGAUAUGGGCUUGAGAUAUUUCAACUUGACGCUGAACACGUUUAUGGUGACUGUUUUUCAACAAAAUCCGAAGCAAAGUACAUUUCAGGUGCCAGUACUAACAAAGAAAUUAAGUGAUGAAGAAUCAUGGAUAUCCGCUAAACUUACUUUGCACAGGACAACCAAGCGAUUAGAAUUAUUUGGAUGUGUUAUUUACAAAAAUAUAUCUGCCUUUUUUCCACCUAAAUCCUUUUUACGAACAAAGGACGGUACUGAAAUUCAGUACCAAAUCUACUCCCAAAUAACAGCACUGGCACCUAUUUUACGAAACUCAACUGGAAGUGAUCAAGCUGACGUCACAGUGGACUUCAGUCACUUUCCAGACUUCCCAGAAGACGACGUAAGCAGUGGCGGCGGUAAAUGGGAGGUGAAGUGCGGGUACGCGCCACUGGAUUCUCUAGCCCAGACAUGGGACGUUGACAAAUGUGAGGUUAAAGGUCAAGUUCGAUCGGAAGUGACACGUUGCCUGUGUCCUGGCUACGGUGCUUACGUACUGCUGCUUGUCAUGGCCCAACCGGAAGCUAAAGCAACACCUACAGAACCACACAAGUUUGUACUAAUAUGUAGUUUUCUGUGCUGCAUCUUUUUGACGAUAUUUACCACUAUUUGUCUAGGACUAUCGUUCUUUUUCGUCAAGAAAUCAAGUCUAAUUAUAUUGAAGUUGCAAUGUUCCUUUUCACUCUUUCUUUGUGAAAUACUGUUUACCAUUGCAAUACUGUUAGAACCACCUCAGAAGUACUACAUGAUUUUUUUAACAUUCUUAGAAAUGUUUUUGCUGUUAAGUAUAUCCAGCCACUUGAGUAAGCUGCUUAUUGUUUUCACUGAACUGAUACAUGUUCCUAAACCAGUUACAUCAAAAUAUACCGUAAUAGGAAUAAUAUCUGGUGUGCCUCUUAUCACAAUAUUUGGGAAUCAUCUAGCCUACAAAACGAUGGAUAUCAGUCUAAAAUCAUGGUGGAUGAUUGAGAACUCUUUGGCCUUCAACAUAUUUGUAACGGUAGUGUCUAUUGUCACCGCCUUGUUCAUAUUUAUUUAUCUAUCAGUCGUCAAGAAAUUGAAAGAGCUAAUCGCUAGUCAAGAGAAACAUGAAAAGGCUCUCAAUAAAAGGAUAGCGUUAAUAAGAAGAUCCGGGUGUAUAUUUUUUGUGCUGUUAGCUUUUUCAGUAAGCAGCAUACUUUAUAUAAACAAUGAGAAGCUUAUGUGGAGUACUUAUCAAUUUAGUGCGGUAAAUUUAAUUGUGGGUCUAGUACUGACGAUAUGUUAUAUAAUAAAAUCUGAAAAUGGAUUUAAGGAAAUAUGUGGCAAGAAACGCCAUGUGGAUGACAGCUUUUUUAAUGGAGAUACUGGUAAUCCAUUACAAUUUAUGACCAAACAAGAAACAGAAAUAGACAGCCAAAGCACUAUUCGACGUCAAGACAUACAGCAAAUCUCUCUCAAAUCGAUGGAACCCCUAAAAAUCUCAGCUAGCAGAACUCAGAGCAUAUCCAACGCGUUCGAGAGCUGCCUCCAAUCGAGCUCAAACUUCUGCGACGUCAGCCUCAAAGAAACCUCAACUCUACCCCGAGACAAGUCUCAACAUCAAAUAGAACCGUACAAUAGCAGUCCACCGACAUUCAGAAAGCUACAGACCAACAACAGUUUUUCACAGUCUCCUGAUAUUCUGUCGCAGAAAGUUUGUGUUGAGUUGGAUCUGGUUGCUUCGAGUAUUUGCAGUUCUAAGCCAGAAAAAGAAACAACGAAAGAUGUUAAAACGACGACUCCGAAAGUUGAGAAGAAGUCAGAGCAUAAAACAGUGAGGAUAAUGUUUCCUCCUAAAGUAAUCAUCACACCUGAUGACGCAAUAUCGAGAAUACUAGAGUCUGAUAACAACAGCUCUGAAAGAACUCAACCAGAUGGUCAUGAUGACAUUAUCCCAUCCAUAGAAACAGUGUCUGAGGUUUCCAGAAGUCCAUCCAGUCCACAACACUCGCCAUCUUAUUCUGAAGACAACCUCGAUGGAGUUUUGGAUAGUAUAUCUCAUGAUCUUGACUACUUGUUGAACAGAAGUGACGAAUUCGACUCAAAUGUGAAACCGUCAACUUUAAGUAGAAAGGUAUCCAAACCCCCUGGUGCUAGUGUAGUGAACCAAAUUCCGGAAGAACUUAUUAAAGAUGAAAGUACAUCAGGGCCUGAAGGGAUAAUGCUCAGGACUAAUUGUUAAAACGCUCCUGAACGCGCUGACUUAGUGCAGAGAAUUCGAGAAUAUGUUUGCUUUCUGAUGAUGUCCAAAUUUAUGCAACUAAUAUUACACCAAAACCUAAUAAGAUUUCCUUUUUAUUCACUAGUUAAUUUCAACCUUAAAUAUAAUUGACAUAAAGUCGAAAAUUCAACAGAACCAAACUAACAAUUAUUAAUUUAAGAAAUAUGUAAAUAUUUUAUGACCUUAUUCCAGGAGGAAUAUUUCAUGUUUCUACAAACAAAGAAGAAAUAAUCUGCAGUGUGUUACUAAUACAAGAACUUUUAAAUAAGGACUAUAAACUAUAAUGCCGAAUUCAUUAGGAUUUAAUGUAUUACUGGUUGCAUACUUUCACUGGCUGAUUAUCCUAAUUUCUUAGGACAAAAUAAAAAUGAAUUUUAUUAUCGAAAAAAGACUGAUUAUAAUAUGUAAAAAGUAAAAAUGAAAUAUUUAGUAAUGUUGUAAAGUUAGUCAGUAAUUCUC